AUGAGCCGCCAGCUGCACCACUACCCCGGCGGGGAGCGCCUGGGCUUCAGCGGCUGCUCAGCCAUCAUCUCCAGCAGGGUCAGCAGCAGCUCGGCCUCCUUCCGCGCCGGCGUCAAGAGCACCGCGGUGCGGUUCCUGGAGCAGCAGAACCAGGUGCUGGAGACCAAGUGGAGCCUGCUGCAGCAGCUGGACCUGAGCAACUGCAGGAAGAGCCUGGAGCCCAUCUACGAGGGCUUCAUCGGCAGCCUGCGCAAGCGGCUGGAGGCGCUGUCGGGGGACCGGGUGCGGCUGGACUCGGAGCUGCGGAACAUGCAGGACCUGGUGGAGGACUACAAGAAGAGGUACGAAGUGGAGAUCAACAGGCGCACAGCUGCGGAGAACGAGUUCGUGGUGCUCAAGAAGGACGUGGACGCGGCCUACAUGAACAAGGUGGAGCUCCAGGUCAAGGUGGACUCCUUGACAGACCAGAUCAAAUUCUUCAAGUGCCUGUAUGAAGGGGAGAUCGCUCAGCUCCAGUCCCACAUCAGCGACACGUCUGUCAUCCUGUCCAUGGACAACAACCGGGACCUGGACCUGGACGGCAUCAUCGCCGAGGUCCGCGCCCAGUACGAGGACAUCGCCCUGAAGAGCAAGGCCGAGGCCGAGGCGCUGUACCAGAGCAAGAUCCAGGAGCUGCAGCUCACCGCCGGCCGCCACGGGGAUGACCUCAAACUCACCAAGGCGGAGAUCUCGGAGCUCAACCGGCUCAUCCAGAGGGUCCGCUCAGAGACCGGGAAUGUGAAGAAGCAGUGCUCCAGCCUGGAGACGGCCAUCGCCGACGCCGAGCAGCGGGGGGACUGUGCCCUGAAGGACGCCCGGGCCAAGCUGGACGGGCUGGAGGCCGCCCUGCACCUGAGCAAGGAGGAGCUGGGCCGGAUGCUGAGGGAGCAUCAGGAGCUGAUGAGCGUGAAGCUGGCCCUGGACAUGGAGAUCGCCACCUACCGCAAGCUGCUGGAGGGCGAGGAGAGCAGGAUGGCCGGUGAAUAUCCAAAUUCCGUCAGCAUCUCCGUCGUCAGCAACACCAGCGCGGGCCCGGGAGGGGCUGGCUUCAGCGUGGGCUUUGGCGCCUCGAGCGGCUACAGCUGCAAGCCCGCGGUGGCGGCGGAAGUCAAGGCCAAAGGCAGCUGCGGCAGCGAGCUCAAGGAGACCCUCGCCAAAGCCUCGGGCCCCAGCUGCGGGGCCAGAAAGGCCUCCCGGUGA